UUGAAUGAAUGUAAGAGGUGUGAAUGUUGUAAAGGUGGAGCUAACCGUUGUGAAUAUUACGGCUCGAUAACUGCUUACUGCCUAGAUGGCUGUAUUGAUAGAUAUUUUGGCAGCCGUUGCGUACACGCUUGUUAUAACCUCUGUCAAUCGUGUACAUCGUAUAUCAACUGCAUCGCCUGCCGAUUUGGAAAGUAUGGAUCAUCCUGUCAACAGGAUUGUGGGCUUGGUUGUCAAAACCAUCAAUGUGACAUUAAUAGUGGGAGUUGCACAUGUUUAUCUAAUUUUCAAGGUAAUAAUUGUGAUCAAUGUGUAAACGGUAAAUACGGUGAUAUAUGUGACACAAACUGUUCCGCAGGUUGCAUAAAUAAAUCAUGUUACAUAAAUGGUAACUGUUAUAAUUGCAAGCCUGGGUUUACAGGAAAUAUGUGUACUUAGUGUGAGUAUGGUAAAUAUGGAACUGAUUGUAACAUUCGAUGUCCACUUGGUUGCAGCAAUGGCACUUGUAAAAAUACUGGAGAUUGUUAUGGUUGUAAGCCCGGGUUUACUGGAAGUAUGUGUAAUCAGUGUGAGUAUGGUAAAUAUUGAACUGAUUGUAACAUUCGAUGUCCACUUGGUUGCAGCAGUGGCACUUGUAAAAAUACUGGAGAUUGUUAUGGUUGUAAGCCCGGGUUUACUGGAAAUAUGUAUAAUCAGUGUGAGUAUGGUAAAUAUGGAACUGAUUGUAACAUUACAUGUCCAUCAGGUUGCAAUGGCACUUGUAAAGAUAAUGGUGAUUGUCACAAUUACAAGACUGGAUUCACUAGAAGUAAAUGUGAUCAAUGUGUCGGCGGUAAGUAUGGAAUCAACUGUGAACACGAUUGUCCGAAAACUUGUGCGCUCGCAACUUGUGAUAGCACAACAGGGGUGUGUAAUGAUGGCUGUAGAAUUGACUAUUACGGUGAGCAGUGUAACAUGAUGUGUGCGACGACAUGCUUACCAGAUGACGAAGGUACAAGGUGUUUUUAUACAAAUGGAAGUUGCGUAAAAGACUGUCAAAAUGGAUACCAUGGUGAUAUGUGUCAAGACCGUUGCAGUGAAAACUGCAUCAAUAUAAUCUGUACAAGAGCAAAUGGUGUAUGUAAACUCGGCUGCGUUGGAGAAUUCAAAGGAAAUGAUUGCACAGAACAGAUCAUAUCCGAUUGUGAUAACACGGCAGAUUCUUCGAAUGUUGGCCCAUUCAUUGGAGUUGGAGUUGGACCUGUGGCAGUUACUCUUGUCGCUGUUGGGAUAUUCAUUAUAAUAAGACGGUACCUAAGACAUGGACAUGUAAGACAGCACAAACCAGAAGACGCACAUGAGUUAACAGAUAACAUACACGAUAACGUCAAAACAACCACUGCCUUGCCGAAUGUACAAACAAAUACAAAUGCUGGCUAUGAAAAUACACAAUUUCCAGCAUAUGAAGAAUUGAAAGAGAGUAAAAAUGAAUCAAGUACGUAUGACAGUAUUGAUGAUACCAGCACCAGUUAGACAGAUCACAUUUUGUUGCUCAUAAUAACUGGACGUGUUUGUCACUUUUGUGUACAUAAGCAGAUAUCAUUACCUGCAUAAUAUCAGUACAGAAUCUCUAAAAUAUCAUUUUUUAUUCCCUGAUCAUGUGCAUAUAAUACUAUUGCAACAAAAUAUCCCUAUUAAAUUGACAAUAAAUAAUGUGUGAUAAAUGUUAGAACAGGCAGAAUUAUUAUAAUUGCACCAAACUCAUGAAAUUGUAGUAUGUUACACAUUUUACAAUUUAUUAUUAUAUUCCUGUUGAUUUUUUCUUAUCUUUGUGACUAAAGUUAAUAUUUGUGUUAUCAGAUUGUAAACUGAUGGUUUUUUACGCUCUUACACUCUUACGAUCAUCAAAGAAAUUAUGCUAUUAUGUCUGUUAUUAUUUUAUGAUUCUUUUCCUGUGUACGUAUAUAUGUAAUUAUGGUUAUUGUAUUGUACAACAAUGUUGUUUGCUAAGUAUUUGUUUUUUUUUCGUGUAAUUUAUAAGUGAUUUUUCAUACAAAUGAACACCACCUACAAAACAAAAAAAUGUCUAAGAAAUUAAUCAAAUUAAAACAGAUAUUAUUUGUUUUGUUAAUGACGGUUUUUAAUUCUUAAACCAUUUUCAUUGUAUAAGUUUCCUCUUCCUUCUAUUGCUAUAUCUCAAUGACGGAUGUAAAGUUUGAAUAAAUAAAGGAAUUCUAAUGUUUCAUUUAAACUGUGAGACAAUAGUUUCAUACUGUUACUCUUUCAUAAAUUAUUAAUUCAAGCGUAGAUAUAUGCAGUUUUAAGGGAAUAAAGUACUUAUGACAUUUUCUAACAGUUUUGUUAGGGUUAAAUUCUUUUAUUGACUGUUAAAAUCAAUGAGAGCUAAAGGUACAUGCGAUCAAGUAAAUAUUCCUGGACUGUAUUUACGGGUUUUAGUGUAGAAAUCUGACAUAUAAGGAAGCCAUCCAGUAGUCCGACGUAUGUUCGAUGGUUUUAUCCAGAUAUACACCCAUACGUAUAAUAAUGCUCUAUGGGGCACCUGAGUCUUCCGCGACCACCAAAAGCUUGAAAGUCGUCGUAUGAGUUAUUACUAUGUCUGUGUGAAGGUAAACCCGUCUUAAAAAUACUGUAUCUGUUAAACAUGUUCUUGUUCAGUUUGAAUGAGGUUUCUUUACAUGUGUCUCAACCGUAUUAAACCUCAUAGCACCUUAACGUAUUCUUUUCACAAGCUGCUCACAUCGUAUUGCGUAUAAAACACUGUCUUCAAACUAAACACUGAAUAAUUGUUUUCUUAGGAGUGAUAGAAUAUUUGUAUAAUUUGAUGUACUUACUGGAACCGUUAUGACGUUUGUCAAUUUCCGUAUGAUUAAGUAUUCCCAUAUGCGAAUUAAACAUUUUCCGUUUGGUUGCACUUAUGAACUAUAUAAGCCACCGGAGAAUGCCAGAAAAAGCAGUAUGAGAAUACAUAAUCGAACGUAGAUUGCCGGAUUUCGUUACGAAUCCUUUACUUAAAGAGGGUGCGUACGAAUAUUUUUUUUCAGUCAUGAAAAGCGUUCUUUCGAAAGUUAAUUACGGGAUUUCGUUACGAGUCCUUUACUUAAAGAGAAUUGUACGAAUAUGUAUGGAAACGUUCUGUAAAGAGCACAAAAGUUCCUGUUUAGGAUCUAUAUCGCAUACUAUAAAAAUGUGUUUUGUGAGAUUCAAGCUAUUUGGAUAAAAUCAUAUUCUUUUCGUCUGUAAAGAGCAUUGAUGUACUAAGUGUAACCCUUACCCUGUUGGCGGCAAGUGAUUCUGCCAUUGCGGCCAGCGCAGACCAAGAUCAGCCUGCACAUCCGUGCAGUCUGAUCAUGGUCUGCAAUGUUCACCAUUCAGUCAGUAUCCUUUUGAUAAGCACCUCUUCUAACAGUAAAUGGUAAUGUCCGAAUUGAAAGAUGGACAAGUUCAUAAUAGAAAUUUAGCAGGCUAAGGGUUAAUUAUAUCAGAUAUAAUUCUGCCAGUUAUAAGAAAAGUUGAAUAAGUGAUGUUCGAUCCAGGAUUUAUGUAAAUAAAUAUUCUCU